GCUAUGAGGAAAGAAGUGUCGUCGUGCUGCUAAUGGGCUAAGAGGAUCCAGCACGGAGAAGUGGACGAGAGAGAGCCUCACCAUGUCCAUAGCUCCUUUUACACCUGUGUGGAGGAACAGUGCUGAGUGAAGGGCAGAAAAUAAGAAAACAGAAAUGCCCUGCACUUGGAUAACUUCUGAUCUUCAGCUACUACUGAUUUUGACUCUCUACUUAGUUGCAGAAUGCAUAAGUGCAGUAAUGGAAGAUCUUGUUACAUCAAACAACUCAUUAAUGCAGCAGAUGGUCAAGGACAAUUACAGUUGGGCUUCAACAAUUACUUCAUCUAUGGACAGAAAGCAGAGCACUGUAACACCUCCUGCAGAAGUUAACACUUCACUAUCAGUACUAGUGGGUACAAAGGCUGUGCUCUUUUGCCCUCUUGAGCUGUGUACAAGUAUACUGCUAACAACAUGGGAAAUAGUCCUCAGAGACAAGUUGCCCUGCUUCAGAGCCUUCAGGGGUGAUACAAAUGAGACCAAGGGAGGAAACAGCACCGACAAGAGAAUAACCUGGGCCUCCAGACUUGACAAGAAUCCUGCCCUUCAGAUUGAUCCAGUGGCCAUCACUCAUGAUGGGUAUUACAGGUGUCAAAUGGUAACACCUAAUGGGAAUUUCCAUCGUGGAUAUCACCUCCAAGUGUUAGUGCCCCCUGAGGUGACCCUGGUUCAAACUGAGAAUGGAACUGCAGUGUGCAAGGCAGUUGCAGGGAAGCCAGCUGCACAGAUCUCCUGGACCCCAGAGGGAGAUUGUGUCACUGAGCAAAAACGUCAUUGGGGCAAUGACACAGUGACCGUCCAGAGUACAUGCUACUGGGAGGGCCGCCAUGUACCUAAUGUGUCCUGCUCUGUCUCCCACUUGACUGGCAACAAGAGUCUGUCCAUAGAGCUGGAUCAAGAUGCCAAAACAUCAGCACCCUUAAGAGUUUUACGUAUCGUUCCCCCUAUUUUUAUUAUCUUGGUCAUCGUUGGAUCCAUUUGGCUUUUGAAAAUCAGUGGCUGCAGAAAAUUGAAAAAAACAGAACAUACUUCAGUUUUUGAGGAGGAUGAAAUGCAGCCCUAUGCCAGCUACACAGAGAAGAACAAUCCACUUUAUGAUACUACAAACAGGGUGAAGAUGUCUAAGGUGUUACAAAGUGAAGUUGAUGGGAUGAGUCUCCAUACUGUAUAUGUUCCUGAAGUGUAGCACCAGGACAAAUGAAUCAAGAUACAGUACAGAUACUGUUUUGAUUUUCUUGGAGUUCUGGAAUGGAAGGCUUAUUUUGAAAUUAGCUUUUCAAAGAUUCUUAGAAGACAGAGACAUUCUAUAGGAUUUGCAUUCAUAUCCUUAUACAUUUGAAAUUUUAGAAUUUUAGCUGUUACUAUGUAGUUCUUUGAAGAACUGAUAUUAUUACAAAGAAAGCUCAUGCUCAUGAUAAAAUAUUCAAAUUGUUCAAUACAGUAGAUGAUGAAAACUGAGUUACCUCAAGUAACUCCACAGAAGGAACAAUUAACCAACAGUUUUUAUGUAAUCUUCUAGAAAAUUUCUAUGUGCAUAUGUCAUAUCUAUAUGUGCAUGGUAUAUGUGUGCACUUAUAUGUCCAUUUAUAUAUACAUACACAUAUCCUUGUCAAGACACAAAUGGGGACAUACCAUAGUUUUGUUCUGUACUUACAGAAAGCUAAUAAUGUAAUAUAUCCUGAAGAUCUUUUAUAUCAACACAA